CAGAGCCAUGACCCAACAACCUUCCUCUCCCUCUUCUUCUUCUCCGCCUCUAAUCCCGGGCCUCCCAAACGACGUCGCAUCAAUCAUCCUCUCCUCCCUCCCCUUCUCCCACCACGCCCGCCUCAAGCCGGUGAGCAAAUCCUGGCGCCUCUUCCUCUCCUCCAAAACCCUCUUCUCCUCCCGCCAAUCCCACCGCCGCCUCUCCCACCUCCUCUGCAUCUUCCCCGACGACCCCUCCGUCGCCUCCCCCUUCCUCUUCGACCCCCUCCACCUCGCCUGGUCCCCCCUCCCCCUUAUGCCCUGCCACCCCCAGCUCUACGGCCGCUGCUACUUCUCCUCCCUCUCCCUCGGCCCCCAGCUCUAUGCCCUCGGCGGCUCCCUCUUCGACGCCCGCUCCUUCCCCAUCGACCGCCCCAUCCCCUCCUCCUCCGUCUUCCGCUUCGACUUCGCCUCCGCCGCGUGGGAGCCAUGCGCGCCGAUGCUCUCCCCGCGGGGGAGCUUCGCCUGCGCUAGUGUUCCGGACUCCGACCAGAUCGUCGUCGCCGGAGGGGGAUCCAGGCACGCCGUGUUCGGCGCCGGCGGGAGCAGGAUGAGCAUGGUGGAGAGGUACGACGUGUGCAAAGACGAGUGGGCGGCCAUGGAGGGGCUGCCGAGCUUUCGGGCCGGCUGCGUGGGGUUCAUUGCCGGCGAGGAGGAUGAGAGGGAGUUUUGGGUGAUGGGAGGGUAUGGGGAGGCGAGGACUAUAUCGGAGGUGGUGCCGGUGGACGAGUAUUAUCGGAAUGUGGCGGUGAUGGAAAUGGAGAGUGGUGGUGGUGGUGGGUGGAGGGAGACUGGUGAUAUGUGGGAAGGAGGGGAGAGGAUGAGGCUUGGGAAGAUUGUGGUGGUUGAGACUGAGGCUGAUCCGGCGCAGCCUGGUGUGUUCAUGCUUGAUGGGAAUGACAUAUUCAGAUAUGACCUGGCAUCAAAUAACUGGAGUUUGGAGUCGCAUAUACCAAGGAAGCCUCCUUGCAACUCAUCAUUCGCGUUUGUUGUAUUGGACGGAGAGUUGUAUGUUAUAACUUUCUGGAAGUCUGCUGAGCGAUUGGACAAGAGGGCCGGAAGGCUUUUCAUCCAAAUCUACGAUCCUCAGCAGAAGACUUGGAGAUCUCUCGUGACCAAGUUACCUUUCCGUUAUCACUUGGAUUUCAACGCAGCAGUUAUGAGCACUGUUCGCUUGUGAACUGCAACUCUAAUUGUUUGUACCUGUGUGAAUGUGACCGAUAAUACCAAUUGAUGUGCAGAUUGUUGUGUACUGAUUCACUCGUUCGUCAUUGCUACUAGCAUAUUUGUAAUUGUGCAGCAUAGUGGAGUCAUUGGAGUGUACAUGUUAAA